AUGGGAGAAACUGAGAAAAUUGAAACCCAUAGAGUAAGAUGUUUUUCCAAGUUGAAGAUGUUUCUGCUGGCAAUAACAUGUGCAUUUGUAUCCAAAACACUAUCUGGAUCUUAUAUGAAUUCCAUGCUCACACAAAUAGAGAGACAAUUCAACAUUCCGACAUCACUAGUUGGAUUUAUUAAUGGGAGUUUUGAGAUUGGAAAUCUUUUUUUGAUUAUAUUUGUGAGUUAUUUUGGAACGAAAUUUCACAGACCUAGAAUGAUUGGUAUCGGAUGUGCUAUUAUGGGCCUUGGGUGUUUCUUACAGUCUCUACCUCAUUUCCUCAUGGGCAGAUAUGAGUAUGAAUCUACAGUUUUAGGCAAUUUGUCCUCAGACAGUUUCUUGUGUAAUGAAAAUGGAACCCAGAUGUUCAGACCAACAGAAGAUCCAUCAGAGUGUGUGAAGGAAGUUAAAUCAUUAAUGUGGGUGUAUGUACUAGUAGGAAAUAUGAUACGUGGAAUUGGCGAAACUCCCAUCAUGCCUUUGGGUAUUUCCUACAUAGAAGAUUUUGCCAAAUCUGAAAACUCUCCUUUAUAUAUUGGGUUUGUAGAAACAGGAGCUAUCAUUGGUCCUUUGUUUGGACUUUUGUUAGCAUCAUUCUGUGCAAAUGUUUAUGUUGAUACCGGAUCUGUCAACACAGAUGAGUUGACUAUCACUCCAAUUGAUACUCGUUGGGUUGGUGCAUGGUGGUUCGGCAUUUUGAUUUGUGCAGGAGUGAAUGUGCUCACUGCCAUUCCUUUUUUCUUUUUGCCCAAAACGCUUGCAAAGGAAGGAUCAAAGGAUAAUGCUGACGUUGUAAAAAAUGACAAAGAAGAGAAACAAAAAGAAGUCAAGAAGGAAAACAAUGGAAUCACUAAAGAUUUUUUACCAUUCAUGAAAAGUCUUUUUUGCAACCCAGUUUACAUGCUUUUUAUGCUAAUAAGUGUGGUACAGUUCAAUGCAUUUAUUAAUAUGGUGUUCUUCAUGCCUAAAUACGUGGAACAGCAAUAUGGGAAGUCAACUUCAGAUGCAAUCUUUCUAAUUGGUAUUUACAACUUACCUCCAAUAUGUAUUGGAUAUAUAUUCGGCGGAUUAAUGAUGAAAAAGUUCAAAAUUACUGUCAAACAAGCUGCCCACGUAGCAUUUUGGUUUUCUUUCAUUGAUUUUAUUCUCUACUUUUCAUGUUUUUUCAUGGUCUGUGAUGAUUCUUCAGUUGCUGGCAUAACCACCGAUUAUAAAGGAAUGCAACAAGAUUUACACAUUGGAAAUGUCAUCCUUGAUGAUUGCAAUCUGGGUUGUAACUGUCCCACUAAAACAUGGGACCCCGUGUGUGGAAGCAAUGGUUUGUCAUAUAUGUCAGCUUGUCUUGCUGGUUGUGAGACGUUUGUUGGAACAGGAAUGAACAUGAUGUUCCAUAACUGUAGCUGCAUUCAAACCUCAGGAAAUUCAUCUGCAGUUCUUGGGAUAUGUGACAAAGGACAUGACUGUUCCAUGAUGCUCCAGUACUAUUUAAUCUUGUCGUCGAUUAGCAGCUUCAUUUACUCUUUAUCCGCCAUACCUGGAUAUAUGGUUCUCCUGAGGUGUAUUAAGUCUGAAGAGAAGUCUCUUGGUGUGGGAGUGCAUGCAUUUUCCACAAGAGUAUUUGCUGGAAUCCCUGCACCUAUAUAUUUUGGAGCUUUAUUGGACUCCACAUGUUUACAUUGGGCAACUUUUAAAUGUGGUGAGUCAGGAGCAUGCAGAAUAUAUGAUUCCACCAACUUCAGACACCUCUACCUUGGAUUGCCAGCUGCACUAAGAGGAUUAAGCUAUAUUCCAGGGAUUUUUAUCCUAAUUAUUUUGAGGAAGCGUCCUCUACCUGGUGAAAAUACCACUUCAGGCGCUAUGCCUAUAGAGGCAAAGGUUACAGGGAAUGAGUGCCAAGAAAUGGACCAAACUUCCAAAGUUUUGAGUAAUGAUGUAUUGAAAACUAAAAUGUAA